CUCUUCAUUCUCCUCAUGUCAGCAAUGAGACUUUGAUGAGCUUACUGAGUUGGCCUCUUAUUUUGAAAACAGGGAACCAGAUGUGCUAGCUAACGACUUUUUGUUGUUGCCUAAAACAACGUUAGCUAGGUUACACCGUCCUCAAAUCAUUUUGGAGGGAUGUAAAGGGACGUAUGAAAUAAAACGUAAGAGUUGACUGACAUGCUCUCAACUCUAACGACCAGCUAAACAGCGCUGACUGGCGGCAACGGUUGGCAAAGCUAAGCUAGCUAACGCGCUCCAGAAAUGGCAAAAAGUCCAGGUCUGUAUCUCUACCAGAUCCUCAGCUCCCUCUGGCAUCCCUGCGCCUCCUGGUUCCUCCACUGAGGUUGAUGUCAGCCUGUAUGUGGCAGGUGGCCCAGGAGCGAGAUGUAGAUCAGUAUGACAAACUGGCUGGAUUCAUCACAUUAGUGAUGGAGAUGGUCCCAGAGCUUCUGAGCUACAAGCAGAGGACUCAGCUCAUCCUGGGACUGAGAGCUCGGGUGAGUAAAUCUCAUCCUUGAGUUCUUAAAGAGGGUGGAUAAGAUUGAUUGUAAAGCUAUCCAGGAUCAUCUUAACAGUUUCCAACAGAGUACAACAAACCGCAUGCAUGCAGAGGACCAAGAUGGAGAGGUGGAGAUUUCAAAGUCAGCAUUUGUGGAGCUGGUUCAAACACUGCUUAGACACCAAUCUGAAAAAGAAAAUUUCUUCAAGGAGGUCUUCUCAGCACAGUAUGGAGCUCGUUUUGAUACAGCGCUGCAGAUCCUGGUGUGGGAGUUCUUCUACCGACUAGAAGAGUUCCUCCCAGUACCAAGUUUUUCACAGGUAUUGUCCAUGCUUGACAAUUCUACCCAUGACUACGAGUUUGAGCAGUUUGUUGCCGACCCUGAAGAUCUGAAGAGGAUUUUGCAGCAGCAACAGGAGCGGCAGACGUUGACUAAAAGUGAAUUCACCUUCAUGUCGGACACUAUUCUCUCCACGCUUGCAUCUAAAAACACUUCAGUGGGAUGUGAAGAUUCCAUAGAUCAGAAAAUGGAUGGGGAACGUGUAGACGGCAAACAAGACACUUGGAAACCACAGGGAAGAAAUCAGGGGAAGUCAGAACAGAAGGCAAUGAAGAAAGAAGACAGCUGUAGCAUAGAAGACUUUUGUGAGGAUGAUGGAGAGACUGAUGACAGUUCCAUUGAAACAAAUCCAAACUCUGGGCUGUGCGAGUACAGGCUGUCGCCACUCACUUCCUCUCCGUGUUCAGAAGAAGCUGCUGCGGCUGGUGACAAUGAAACAGGUGGUGAACCCGCGUUCCAGCCACCCGGAUGCUCCGAAAGCUCAGUGGAAGGAGUAAAUGAUCGUCUGGAUCUGAGCAGAAACAAGGGGCUGUUACUUGAGAGAGCGAUCCAGUCCUCAACAGGGGCCAGUGCCGACUUCUCACUUCCGUUCAGCGAGAACUGCAGAAGAGAGAAUGAAAGCACCUGUCUUGAGUGUGGCAAGACUUUUGCAUCUCGUUCCUCCUUGAAAAAACAUCACACUGUUCACUCUUCCGCACGGCCUUUCAAAUGCACUCAGUGCGACAAGGCUUAUAAAAAUAAAAAAGACCUGAAUCAACAUUUACUCAUUCACUCUCAACCUAAAGUCCUGUCCUUCGCUUGCAGCCUCUGUGAGAAGAGAUUCAGUUCUCAGGCGUUGCUUACAGUUCACCUGCGACAUCACAGCGGGGAGAGGCCGUUUGCCUGCUCGCACUGUGACAAGCGGUUCCUGACAAAUGCAGUCUUGAAGUCCCACAUGCGCAUUCACACUGGCGAGCGCCCGUAUGCCUGCACUUUAUGUGACAAGAAGUUUACGCAGUUGUAUCCGCGCGCCGUGCACCUCAGGAUGCACAAGAAGGAGAAGCCGUACCUGUGCAGCACAUGCGGUAUGUCCUUCUGUAGCUCUGGGGCCUUGCUGGUGCAUUCACGCACUCACACAGGGGAGCGGCCUUAUCAGUGUGAAUCCUGUGGAAAAGGUUUCGCCACGGCUGUACAAUUGACGGUACACCGGAGAUUCCACACAGGAGAGAGGCCGUAUUCUUGCUCACAAUGUGACAAAUCGUUCCACAGUAGUUCAGGACUGAAGAAACACAUGAGGACACACACUGGAGAGAAACCGUACGAGUGUUUAACAUGCCACAAGACCUUUUCCCAGAAAUCCAGCAUGAAAAUACACCUCAAAGUCCACAAGAACAUCUAGCAUACUGUUUUUGGAGACAGGUUGUUAGCAUGUGCGCUGUAUUUUAAGUGAUGCAUGAAAGCCAGGUUCAUUCCUAUGACUCAAAUAUUACGCGUUAGCGUAUAUAUAAAUACAUGUUUUAAGACACCAUUAUUAAAGAGGAUAAUGUUUAGGAUUAGCUUAGGCUAAAUACUUGAUGUUGGUGUUUAUAUUUACAGUAUUUGAAGGUUAAGGUAAUUCUUGAGAUGGAGAAUGUAAGUCAAUAAAAUGUGCUGGCAAAAUAUAGCACCAUUAAGGAGUGCUUAUGUGUACUGUAAGAAUGUGAAUGAGCGGGAGCUUGUGAGUCUGGGUGUAAGUUUUACCAAAAUCAGUGAAUUCAUUUUGAUAGCCCUACCGAUACUGAAAUGAUAAUAAUUAGGGGUUUACAAAAUCCAAUAUAUUGGCUGAUAUUAAUUUUCUUUACACUUUAUGAUUCCCUUAAAUGUAUUUAAUUUUUUAACAAGUGCAACCAAGAAAUGGACUGGAGGAGACAGCUGUAAAAAAUAAAUGUCAAACUACAGAAUGGUGACAAUUUCAAAACA